AAAAUCUCCAGAAGUGGGAGCCCUGCAGCUAUCAGUCAAUCAGAAUCUUGAACCCUCAGGAACAACAUGUUCGGAACCAUAGCGGGCGUGGUGGCGGCGGUCCUGUUGGCCAUCGCUGCAAUACUCGCUGUGUUUGGAUGGGUGUACCGCCUGCGCAGUGGGCGAGCCACAACCGCUGCCAGCCUGAAGGGAAAGACGAUCAUCGUUACCGGAGCAUCGGCGGGUAUAGGGAAGGAAGCAGCGAGGGACUUCGCCCGACGGGGAGCUCGAGUCAUCAUGGCGUGCAGGAACCUGCAGAAGGCCUCAAAAGUUGCCAGUGACAUCGAGGCCAGUACAGGGAGUAAGUCUGUGGUGGUGAGGGAGCUUGACACUUCUUCGCUGGCUUCUGUCAGGAGCUUUGCCGCCAGGAUUCUUGCUGAGGAACGCAGAUUAGAUGUGCUGGUAUUGAAUGCUGGUAUCGGAGGCCCAUCAGAGCGAGUGUUAACUUCAGACAACCUUGAACUCACGAUGGCGACCAACCACUUUGGACACUUUCUUCUCGCCAACCUUCUUUUAGGUCUGCUGAAGGACAGCCAGCCCAGCAGAGUGGUGGUGGUCGCCUCCAUGGCCCACGGAAGUGUCAAGACGCUGGAUAUUGAGAACUUAAACUUCAAACGCAAAGGGAGUUUCAAGACUUUCGAAGCAUACUGUCAGUCCAAGGCCUGCAACAUCCUCUUUACCCGUCAGCUGGCAGCGAUGCUGAAGGAUUCUGGGGUUGUUGUGAACUCUCUGUGCCCAGGUCUCGUGCUUACUGAAAUAUUUGAGAAGGCUGAUGGCUUGGUCUUGAAAUAUCUGUUGAACAUCGGGGCACAUCUCGCAGGCAAGACACCGGAGCAGGGCGCCCAGACUAUUAUCCACCUGGCGGUGUCUGAGGAUACUGCCACAAUCAACGGCGAAUUUUUCGACAACUGUAAGGUGGCUAAAGUUGGCUGUGACUUGGUGCUUGAUGAUGGCUUGGGCAAGAAGUUAUGGGAGGCCAGCGAGACCUUGGUUGGUCUUCAGCCUGAGGAGCGGCACUAUUGACGGCCCUCGCCCCACACUGAUGUAACCCGCCAUCAGGGAAAGGGUGGAACAGGGAGUCAUAUCGGUACUCAGUAGAAAGGGCGAUGCCAGCGUAUAGGGUCGUGCAUCGUUUAUUUGAUCGUAUGGCCAGACGUUUUGAUGACGUAAUAACGACAUCGAGACGUGUGUCCAUUUGAAUACAUGAUGCUCGUCUCCAAGGCCGUGCUUAUGCCUCUGUUGGUAUUACUCUUCGUAUUGAAGACGCGGUUCUUCCACAAGCAAGCUCUUUCUACCUUAGUACUUUUUUUUUUUUUUUUCAUACGAGGAUGUUGGUUAUUCUUCAUAUAACCUUGUACAUGUAUCUUGUAAUAAUCCUUAUUGUACCUUUUUAAGUGUGCAUGUUGGAUAUUCUUCAUAUAAUCUUGUAAUAGUCCUUAUAUUAGUUUUUUUUUUAUGUGUGCAUGUUGGAUAUUCUUCAUAUAAUCUUGUAAUAGUCCUUAGAACAAAUGUUAUUCUCUUAUAAAAGAAUGUUGUCAUAAAACUAUUCCUAUGACCGAAA